AUGGAAUACGACGAUGUCGAAUUUAGCACGAGAUUUCAUGUACCAAAAGAAUCUACUCUGGGUGUUUUGCAGUUAAUAGGAUACAAACUUGAGCAGCCAUCAGCUCGAACUCAAUUAUGUUACAGAAAUGAAUCUAUUUCUCCCAUAAGCCAACUUCUGUUGACUUUUACAUACUAUGCAACUGGUUCAACACAAAUGACAGUGGGUGACAAUUGUGGCAUGAGCAAGUCAACUGCGCACAGAAUUAUUCAUAAAGUCACCGCUACUAUAGCCUCUAUUGUACCCAUAUGUAACCGCAAAAGAUACAUGUUAAUUAAUGUCCAAGCCAUUGCUAGUGCAGACUUGGAAAUUAUGGAUCUUAAUAGCAAGAUGGCCAUUGACCUGGUAGUUGUCAGGACCAGUCUAUAUGGAAUUCUUCAUUCAGAAUUGCAAUGUUUGAAAGAGGUCACUAUGGUGAUGGCGUUUUGUUGGCUGGUAGUGGGUUUAUGA